GCACCAUGGCUGAAGACAUCAAGACUAAAAUCAAGAACUACAAGACCGCCCCCUUUGACAGCCGCUUCCCAAACCAGAACCAGACCAAGAACUGCUGGCAGAACUACCUGGACUUUCACCGUUGUGAGAAGGCAAUGAACGCAAAGGGGGGUGACGUCUCCGUGUGUGAGUGGUACCGGCGUGUGUACAAGUCCCUCUGCCCCAUAUCAUGGGUCUCAGCCUGGGAUGACCGCAUUGCAGAAGGCACAUUUCCUGGGAAGAUCUGACCUGGCCUGCCCACCUCUCCCCUGUUCUCUUUCCCCCCCGAUAGUGAAGGGGCACCUGGGUAUGUGAUGGUCCCUACCCCGGGACCCUGAAUCAUGAUGCGACUGCUAAUAAAAACUCUGGAAAAGUU